GACGUGGCCUUUGAAAGUGGCUUUUGUGUGCAGCCGGGAGACCUGGUUUCAGAUGCCAGCCGGUGCAUCUUCAGGCUCAUUAAUAAUGGAGGCGUCUGACAGGAGCAGCUUUCGCUUGCUUUGUUUCCACUGUAGAUGAAAGGGGACAUGGAUCUUUCUGUUUUGCCCAAUAACAACCAUCCUGACAAAUUCCUGCAGCUUGACGUGAAGUCUUUAAUGAGGAGCUCAACCCUUCUGCAGGCUAGCCUCGCGAGAUUUCCGGGUGGAAAUUAUCCUGCUACACAACACUGGCAAAACCUUGUCUACUCACAGAACCCUGGGAAUUCUCAGAGGAAAUCUGUGAGCUGGAGUGGAAAGCCAGUGGUGAGAAAGCAAGAAGACAGAGAGGAAGACACACACACUGUUGGGGAGAGGGAAAAUAACGCUGCUACUCAACGAACUAAGGGAUUUAUCGGGGAGAGCCCAGUCCUUCCUGACAGCCCUCCACCAUCCGUGUCUCCAGUUAUGAAGAAUAACCCAUUAUAUGGUGACGUAAGUUUGGAGGAAGCUAUGGAGGAAAGAAAAAAGAAUCCUUCAUGGACUAUUGAAGAGUAUGAUAAGCAUUCUGUGCACACAAAUCUCUCCGGACAUCUGAAGGAGAACCCCAAUGACCUGCGCUUUUGGCUGGGGGAUAUGUACACUCCAGGCUUUGACACUUUGCUGAAAAAGAAGAAGAAGCGCAACAAGCGAUCAAAAUUAUGUCACAUGGGUCUGAUUUUACUCGUCGUGUCCUCCAUCUUGGUUACCAUAGUGACACUCAGCGCCUUAUUCGCCUAAGAAAAUUGCAGACGCUUCUUUAAAGCUCUCAAACGCCUUCUAAAUCCUUACAGGGAAACCUGUCUGUGCGUUGCUGACUGUGUGAACUAAAUACUGUUGUCCUGUAGCGUGUGAGUGAGCAUCGCUUGUGGUAUGCUGGCCUCUGCUUUGUUCCGUGAAACGUGUGUGUGAUUCCGGCCUGAGGUUUGUGCUUUGUGACGCAGAUGUUUCCAAGGACCACGGUCGGGAAAGCCUCUCCCUCCGUGCAACCACAACCAAGCUUUAUGAUAGCAGAGGGCAUCAAGGACUGGCAGCUACUUGUCUCGGAGCUCAUCUUGCUUAUCCGGUUUUCACCGCACCAUUCCUUCCUCUCCCCCUGGGCCCUGGGGAAGCUCCAGCCAAUCUAGCCAACUGCUGGGGCAACGGGAAGGCUUCUGCUGAGCUAUCAGUCAGUUUAGAUGUGCUUUCUUUUCCUUUCUCUCUGUUGAAGUUAGAGGGGGAAAGAAAGUGGAAGGGAGACGACGGUCAAACCUAUUCUAAUUUCCCUACUAAUCCUUUAUAACGAUCCAAAUUUAUGUUAGUGUUUUAGCAGAAAUAAACUUGGUCAGCCGUUGGGGUAGAAUCAAUUCCAUUGUACCCAGUUGCCUUUGUGGAUUGGCAGGCACCAACAAGUGGGACCUCUAGUGGCAGUGGGUACAUGCCCACCAGACAUAGGGGGUGGGGACCUGGAGAGACUCCAGGAAAGCUGCCACCCCUGAGUAUUCAGCUGAAUGACAGUUAGGCCUGAACAAAAGAUUGUGCGAGGAGGAAGCCAGCUUAAGGGAGAAGAGUGGCUGCCUCGUAACGGUAGCUUUUGCUUCAAUGGGAAUGUAAUUUCCAGUGCUUGUUGACAGCCUUCUCCUGGGUGCAGGUGCCUGGGAAAAAGCCCCAUGACACAGAGAAUCACGCCUGCCCUGUCCUCCUCCCAGGAAAAUCUUCCCUAAGGUCCUCAGUGUCACGCGUAGUGCUCUGUAGCAUAUGAAACAAGUCUUUUUCUUUUUCCCAAAGAGUGCUGUCCUCUUGUGCCCUUUGAUAACGCCUUACCAUCUCGCUGUAUUGCUCAUAAAGGUACUUGAACUAAGGUGUACAAAACCUAGAGUUUACUGGACAAUAAAUCAUUGUGUACAAA